AUGCAUUUCUCUAGUAUCUUCAAACAUCACAAGGAUAAGGCUGAGCAUAAGGAAGGUGAACAUACAGAAGGUGAGCAUAAGGAAGGUGAGCUUAAGGAAGAAGUGCAUAAGGACCACAAGAAGGACCAUCAUCACCAUCAUGAAAGACAACAUAUGGAUCCCAAUGUUCCCAAAGGGUUUGCCAAUGAUGCUAUGCGCUCUUCCAACAAGCCUGAUACUCUUUACGGUUUUGAUGAUCCAACCGCUAGACGUUUAGGUCCUGUUCCUAGCGAGGAUCCUACCAAUACCGGUGCUUAG